UCCAAAUGACGUACUCUGAUAAACGGCAGCACAUCAAAAUCCAUUUCGAGACACGAUCUGCCGACUUGUGUGAUGCUACCAUACAGCACAAGAAGUCUAUAAAGUAACUGUAAUAAAAUUUUCCGCUUCAUUUCUUCAGUACAAACAUAAUGCACAGCUGAGUACUAGGUAAAAUGUGGUACUUUACGUUGUUAGCCUUAUAUGUCCAUAUUGUGUCGGGUGAAAAUCCUAUUAAAGUUCAAAUCGUCUGCUACAUUCAUUUACCGUCAGGCCUGAACGAUGCCCUUCAGAAUCAACUCGCAACCUGUUCCGAUAUCAUAGUAAGCGGAGAUGCAUUUUACUUGGACAGAGCGCCACGUGUUUUGUUCGAUUCAGAAAAUUUGGCACGACUACGGCACUCAGCACCGCAUGCUAGGAUAUUUCUUUCCGUUCUACUGACUUUGAGCCUGGAAGUACUACGAACCCCGACUGGAAGCGAAUGGUUGAUUCAACAGAUGUCCGCGAGUUUGCCACUUGGGCUGUACGAUGGAAUCGAUCUAGACUUCGAUCCCACCACACUGGAACUAUUCGAUCAAAUCGGUUUCGCUCGUUUCCUAAGCUUGUUGAAACUUCGCUUAGGAACGACUAGCGCAGUAACCACCGCAAUCGACUGCAGGCGGCCAAUCGCUCCUCCACUAGUUCGUGCUAUGAACGAGUGCUUAGAUAUGGUUGUUCUUUUAUCGAUGAGCGAAGUUCUCCACAGCAUUAGCAAUAGCAGUGACUUCAAUGUGCGAAAAUAUUCCGCUGCCUCCAUUAAUUGUGCUUUGGAUGCAGGACUUCACCCUGAGAGAAUCGUUCUAGGCCUACAAACUGUGGGCGUUCUAGUGAAUCCUCUAGCCACUGACUUGGACUUAAUUCGCUUGAAAAACUCUGAUGUCGAAUUUCUUUCCUACGGUCAAGUUUGUGAGCUGCAGCAGCAGCAGCAGAAAUUUUGCGCAUGGCGAGGCAAUGGUUGGUGUUCUCUGUUCAACAAUCGAGCGAAGCUGAUUUACGAUGAGCCUGAAACGGCGACCGAGCGAACAGUGCAGUGCCUUCGACGCAGACUUCGAGGGGUUUCAAUACUUCUCAGCUACGACGACCACUCAGGGUUGUGUAACAGAGGUGGUACCUUUCCGUUGCUGAGCGCAAUCCAAAACGCAAUCAAUAGGUCACAAAUAAGUUUGAAUGAGUGUGAAGAACGGUUGCAUUCUUCCGUUGAUGAAACGACACAAGGAAGCUCCUGCAGUUGUGGUACUAGCUCAUGCUGUGGCGGAGGCUGUGACAAUAAAAUGAAUUCUUCUGUGGAAAUCGAGAGGAUCGCUCGACUUGAGGCUGCAAUCGAUAACACGAAAGGCCUUUCAACGCUGGUCCAAAAACUAGCCGACACCCUACUGAAUGCCAUGAAAAAUACCUUCAAUCUUGUUGUAUCCCUAGCAGACUGCUGCAAAAAUCGCAGUCCUGCACCACCAAUGACAACCGAUUCGAACGAAUCACUUGGCUUGAGUGGAAUAAUAAAUUUUCUCGAGACUGCAGAGAACAAAACCAAUGGAAGUUCUGAGAAAGAUAGGAAUGUUGUACCAGCGGCAAAGGAGGAAAAGAAACCGACUCCGGAAAAUUCGAAAACCACUGCGCAAACUUCCAAUGAACAACAAUAUUCUGCAAAGGAACAACCUAAUACACAAAUCAAUAUAGUCAACGAACUAGCGAACGUGGGACCCGUUGUCAACAUCAACGAAGAAGAAAUUGUCGACGUUGGAGGGAUUCUCGGAGAAGAAAACCCGGAUGCAAAAUCUUCGGAGAGCGCUUCUAAUGAGGAGAUUACGCCGAUUGAUGUGGACAAAGUUGCUGAAGAUCUCGCAAAUGUCUCGAAGGAAGUCGAAGGCGUCGAACAACUCGGAAAUGAAGCACUCGAAGAAUUAUCGGACGUCGUCAACCCGGUUGACGACUUGGGUGGUAUUCUGGAACAGGUUCCAGAUGAUCCACUUGGUGGAGAAGUGGUUCAAGCAGUUCCGAUGCCUCCAUCGUUAGGUUCUCUAUUAAGGAAAUAG